GACAUCUUUAUUUACGGGAAUGGACCAUGCUCAGCUAGUCGCAAUAAAGACCCUUAAGGACUGUAAUAAUCCACAGCAGUGGGCAGAAUUCCAGCAAGAAGCCUCGCUGAUGGCAGAAUUACAUCACCCAAACAUUGUUUGCCUUCUUGGGAUUGUGACACAAGAGCAACCAGUCUGCAUGCUUUUUGAAUAUAUGAACCAGGGAGACCUCCAUGAAUUUCUUAUUAUGCGAUCUCCACAUUCAGAUGUUGGAUGUAGCAGUGAUGAGGAUGGCACGGUAAAAUCCAGUUUGGACCAUGCUGAUUUUCUGCACAUAGCUGUCCAGAUUGCAGCAGGAAUGGAAUACUUGUCGAGUCAUUUUUUUGUCCAUAAGGAUCUGGCUGCUCGCAAUAUUUUAAUUGGAGAGCAGCUCCAUGUGAAGAUUUCUGAUUUGGGACUGUCAAGAGAAAUCUAUUCAGCCGAUUAUUACAGAGUUCAAAAUAAAUCCCUCCUGCCCAUUCGUUGGAUGCCACCAGAGGCAAUUUUAUAUGGAAAAUUCUCUUCGGAUUCAGACAUCUGGUCCUUUGGUGUUGUCUUGUGGGAGAUUUUUAGUUUUGGUCUUCAGCCCUAUUAUGGAUUUAGUAAUCAAGAAGUCAUCGAGAUGGUUAGGAAACGACAGCUUUUACCAUGCUCUGAAGACUGCCCUCCCAGAAUGUACAGCUUGAUGUCAGAAUGCUGGCAUGAGCUGCCAUCUAGGAGGCCAAAAUUCAAAGAUAUCCAUGCCAGACUGCGCUCUUGGGAAGGGAUAUCAAGUCACACUAGCUCUACUACUCCUUCUGGUGGAAAUGCUACCACUCAAACUACAUCUCUCAGUGCAAGCCCAGUUAGCAACCUAAGCAAUCCCAGGUACCCUAACUACAUAUUUCCAGCACAAAGUAUGCCACAGGGCCAAAUAACUGGAUUUCUUGGCCCACCAAUACCUCAAAACCAGCGAUAUAUUCCUAUUAAUGGAUAUCCGAUACCUCCUGGAUAUGCUGCUUUUCCAGCUGCCCACUAUCAACCUGCAGGUCCACCAAGGGUCAUUCAGCACUGUCCUCCACCCAAGAGUCGUUCACCAAGCAGUGCAAGUGGAUCAACAAGCACCGGCCAUGUGACCAGCCUGCCUUCUUCAGGAUCCAAUCAGGAUGCCAAUAUCCCCUUGCUGUCUCAUAUGUCAGUGCCAAAUCAUCCAAGUGGGAUUAGCAUAACCGUUUUUGGAAACAAGACUCAAAAACCCUACAAAAUUGACUCCAAACAACCAUCUUUAGAUUCUAGCAUUCAUGGGCAUAAUGAAACUGUGAUUUCAGCAGAGAUGUAAUAAAUAAGGGAGACCUUUGUAAGUGAAUCUAUUUACAAUAUGAACUAGAGGGUUUUAGAGAUUUAUAUUCAAAUAUUUUAUUGGAGAUUUUUUCCAGCUGUAUAAAGAGGUGUUUGCAAUAAGUAUCUUCUGUGAAGUUCUUAACAGGAAGUGCCAUUCAAUUUUUUAAAAAAUGUACUAACACUCAACACUGUGGCUGCAAAUUUAUUUUACAAAUAGUAAAGGGCAAAAGUAUUUCUGUGUUUUAAGAAACAUAUUUAAUCAUGGUUUUUUUAAGUGAAAUGUUUUCUGUCUCAGCAGUUUGACUAUUUUGAACACAUGGUGAUGAAAUGUUAGGAAAAUUAAUUAUACUUCUGUAGGAUGAAAAUUUCGCUAUUAGUCUCACGCUAUACCCAAAUGCAUAUUCCAUUAAGACAGAACAGUGUUUCUCAACCUCAGUUGCUCCCAGAAUUCUCCAGCCAGUAUAUCGACACCUCUUAAAACUUGCUGAGGUUGAAAAAUCUUGAGUCGGACUACAACCAAUCAUACUGCUGAAUUCAUACAAUACACUAAACUAAAUUUGUGAAGUGUUUCUUGAUUAAGCCACAGUUGCCUGGGUUCACACAAAAUAUUAAGGCAUAAGCUAGGAUUUACAAACCACAAGCUAGAGUUCAAAAAUGCUUCAUGUACUUACUUUGUGUGUUGUCUGAAUUAAGCCAUUGUCAGAGUUCACAUUGUGAUAAACCACCAUGGUUUUGUGAUUUUUGGCUUAGACAUUGAGGUUUAUAAAUGCCAAGGUUUAGCAUUAUGUGGAUUUAGAUCACUGUAGCUUGUUUAACAAAUUAAACCAGCAGUGUUUGAAGGCUGCCAGUGACUAGCUUCACAUACUAAACCGUAAUGUGGUUUACAUUAGCUUAUAAAUAGUCUUGAGUUACAAUUGCUCAUUCAGUAGCCAUUCAAACAUGUGACAGCACUGAGCAAUGGGGAUUUACAAUGUGUCCUCAGAAUUCUGGCCAUUGCUGAGCCCCUCCAAUCACAUGAUUGCAAUUUGCAAUAUUCUCUGCCAGCUUCCCCGCAAGGAAAGUCAGUGGGGAAGCCAGCAGGAAGUCAGAAGUUGCAGUCAUGUGAGGCUCUCACUUAGUGACCCACCAUGAUUCUCAUUUAACAAUGGCAACUGAGACUGUUACUAAGUGAGGCAGUCACAUGACAUCUUGCUUUAUGACCACCUCACUUAAUAUUGGCAAUUUUAGUCCCCAUUGCUAUUGAAACUCAAGGACAACCUGCAUUCUGUAUUUGAACCCAGGUACUAUAUUGUGUAAAUAUAGUAUUAAUAUUGGGUUGACAUUCCCCAAUUUAGACCUUUUUCAACAGACUAUGAUUAAUGAAAUAAUGAUUUAGUAUGAUAGCUAAAUUGGGCCAAUGACAAGUAUCAUUUUUAUCCCAUGGUUUGAUACUUACGCUACAUUCAUCUGAUUUAUUUUUUUCUUCUUCUAGGCAUCCAUAUUAGAAAUUAAAACGGUAUGCAAUAUCAAACAUUUAUUCAAUUAUGCUUAGCCCCAUGCUAAGCUAUAGUGUGUUUUUAGAGGGUUUUUCCCAGCAAUUUGUAGUCACUGGUUUGUGAAUUUUGAACCUAUGAUCUGUGAAUCUAGUCAUCCCGUUUGCCCUUGUUAGAUAAAUUAUUUUCAAAAAAAGUCUCUAAUGAUACAACCAUUUAUAAAACUCAAAAUGAAUAAUUUUGUAUUAAGAAAUGUGUUCAUAGCAGAGUAAAGCAAAGAAGACAUUUAAAAAGAAAAACCUUCAUGAAACCACAUACAUUAAAUGAAUGAAAAAUAUAUUUCUUAAUUUUAUAUCUGUAGUUGCAAUAGAAUUUUGUAUCCUUUUGUUGCUAUGCAACCCUUUAAUUAAAUAUUUCAAUUUUUAUUUUAUAAUAAACAGACAAUCAGUUUUUCCAGUAAUAUUUAUUAUUUCAAUUAAAUCAGUAGCUUUUCUAGUGUUAUCCCUGAAAUUCUACAUUCCAUUAGAUGUACACAAUAAUAUUCUAGAAAUUGCCUAUAAUUUUUGUAUGUAAUUUCAAAUAAUGUGAAUUAGAAUUAUUUUUUACUAGAAAAUGUGGCCUUUGAGUUAUUGAAAUUUAUGCAGAUAUAAACUAUCAGAAUAAUUUGAAACCACUGUAAAAUUGUAUAAAUUACAGCUUGUCAGAAGUUUUUAAAAUUUGAACAGAUUUUGAAUGGAUGAUGUACACCAUCUUUCAGACACUUGACGUAAUUUCCUUCUUUUUGCACAAAAAUGUUUUUGUAUAGCAGAAUUGAAAAUACAUCUUGCUUUUCAUUUUUUUUGGUUUAUUUCUCUUUUUUCAUUAAUGAAGAUAUCUUGAAAUAUAGAGCGACAUGAGGAACCAUUUUGAUUUUAUUUCGUUAUUUUCACUGCAUGCAUUUAUUUACUGUAUUACUUUAUAGAUUGUUUUCAUUAAGUUUAUUGCACUAAAGCAUGAAUGUGUAAUAAGACAUGGCUAUUUUAUACAGACAUUAAUUGCAUUUUUGUAUCUUGGACACUAGAGUAAUAUUAAACACUGAUUAUUUUAAACCACUGGUUUUGAAAACAUGGCUAAGAUAAAGUUAGAAUGUCUUGGAGAACAUAAUAUAAUAAUCACCCAGAGAAGCUCAUUUAUAGAAACUACAUCUUUCUCAUCACCUGCUUCCUUUAAAUAUCACGUAAGACAAUUGUCCAUUGAUUACUCUUAAUUCAAAAAAAGUACUUCCUUAAUAAGAAUAUCAUUUUAGAUAUCAAAAUACUACAUGUUAAAAAAUAAUGCUAGAAAACAAUGGAUACAAAAGCUGCAAUAUGAAAAAAAAAACCUGUAGAUGAAAAUUUUAACUGCCCAGUUCUCAAAGGUUUUGCAAUAAAUCUGUUUCUAAUCUUUUGGCAAAUAUGCAUACAACAACAAAAAAGAUUUUGCUGUUUAUAGCCAUCAACCCUGUGGAAGACAAGAAAAUAUAGAACAGAAGCUUUGAUAGAGGUGCUACUUAGAAUAAGUCAUUUGUUCCCUUUUCUUGCCAUCAGGUCUAAAAUGUUUGUGGUAAUUAAUAUAUGUACAGGAGUUUGUGAAAAACAGAGGGCAUAAGUUGGAAAAAAGAAAAAGAAUACAAUCUCACCUCUGAAAAACCCAGAUGGUUAUUUUUGAGUUUUCUAACCAAUAAAAAGCUUAUUCAUUAAUGUUUUUGCAUUAUCUCGCUGAAAUAAUCCUGGCAUGAAAGUUUGGAAAACUGUACUUAAAUAUUCUAUCAAAAAUUUUAUACAGGAGAAAUGGUGAACAAACUGGCCAGUUGUCUUUCAUGAAUGAAAACUUUGUCAAUGGCAGACAUCCCUUUUUUUGGCUUCAUAACACAAAAUUCAGUUUGUUAAUAAACUCUAAAACAGCAGCAGAAAUUCCUAGGGGAGAAAAUAAACAAAGGGAAACCUCUCAAAGUAAAUUGGGUAAUGUG